UUUCUAUAAAAAUGUUGCUUCUGUUGUGUUGUGAUUUGUGAGGCUGUGAUAAUCUGACCUACUAGCAGGUUUUCUAAGUAAAGUUAUUUGUAAGAAUUUUCAUGUGAAAUGAAGCACUCAUGUCUUUAAACUUCUGCACUAUUUUUUCACCUUAGCUCAUAUUAUUCUUCUGAAUAUUGCUAUGAACCAUUGAGCAUAUUAUAGACCCGUCCUAUUUAAAUACUUGUGUUGCUUUGAAACGUCAACUUUAAGUUUUAGAUGCUUGAGGAAAUUUUACAGUGGAUGAUCUGUGCCUAUGAUCUAUGUGCUAUUCUAAUGCAAAUAUGUAAAAUUAAGAUUAAAAUUUAAGAACCACUUGUAGCUGAAAAUACUACAAUCAAAUUUUAGUCCACAUUAAAUUCCUGGCUGGCUAUCUUUCUGGUUCAAACUUACUGAUUUCUGAUAAAGAGAACAAUGGCUCUGUCAAUGAACCUGAUCCAUAUUGGUCUCAACUUUCGCCUGAGUACUAAACCCAAAGUUGGGGUCUCUGGAAGGUUUACGUCCAGAUCUUCAGCAGGGCUUCGUGUUCGAGCCGUCCAAGAUAAUGGCGGAUCACGGAGGCUAGUUGACAUCAUUCGACUCGUGCCUGAACUCUCGAGGAAUUACUUCAAGAGCCCUUCUCGCAGGACCCUAUUCGGUGGAAUCUCCUUGCUAGGUGGAUUCUAUGUUGCACAGACAAUCUCCCUAUCAUUUGGAGCUCUAGGAGUCAAUGAUGUCAUUGCAGCAGUGCUUUGUGUUCUUCUUACAGAGUAUGUGACUAAGUUCUAUUACAGCAGGCCUAAAGUUACUUUUCCUAUUGCUCUUCUGAACAAUUUCAAAAUGGGUUUCACUUAUGGUCUCUUCAUUGAUGCCUUCAAGCUUGCCAGUUAAUCUUUAUUGAUAUCUUAGUGCAACUUCUCCUCUUCAAAAUUUGUUCCAUUAUUUAUCAAGAAAAAUAUAAUUAAGCCCCCUAAAUUACAGUCCAUGUAGAAUUUACACCUUAAACUUUCAAAUAUGUAAUUUGAUACCAAGUUGUAAAUAAUGCACAAAUAGUGGAUCCAAUAUUGCUGUCAGCAUUAGAAUUAGUUAGGUUAUGUAUUCUCAUCAAACCUCUCACAAAUUAUGGUGAAAGAACAACAGAAUGUUUUGGUUUUGUGGAAAUGUUUCUUGUCCAGUUAAUAUCAUCUUCAUCAAUGUUAGGUGAGGUGAUGGUAUUAAAACAUCACUUUUAGAAGAGGAAUGUUGCAAUUCAAGUUCAUUUGAUGGGUAGAAACCCCCUAUUAUGCCUGAAUUUAUCA